AUGGGUCUGGGCAAAGUUUCUGUCCGCGUUCGCGGUGCCGAGUGCGGUAUCGAAGCCAUCAUUCUUGGAGUUAUCACAUCGAUAGGUGGUUUCCUGUUCGGUUACGACACGGGUCAAAUCAGUGGAAUCCUCAUCUUCAAGGACUUCAUCCAGCGUUUUGGACAGGACCAGGGCAAUGGCGAGAAAGCAUUCGAUCCCACGAUUUCGUCCCUGCUUGUAUCCCUCAUGUCCAUUGGUACUCUCAUCGGCGCGCUCGCUGGUGCUUACACUGCCGACUGGUUUGGUCGUCGCCGCAAUCUCUCCAUCGGUGUGCUCAUAUUCGUCAUUGGCAACAUCAUCCAGGUCACAGCGAUGAACACCUGGGUCCACAUGACUAUUGGUCGUAUCGUUGCUGGUCUUGGUGUCGGUAUUCUCUCUAUUGGUGUACCGAUGUACCAGUCUGAGGUCUGCCCACGAGAGAUUCGUGGUGCCGUCGUCGCAUCUUACCAGCUUAUGAUCACUGUUGGCAUCCUGAUUUCCAACAUUAUCAACUUUGGUGUCCGUGACAAUCCGGGCCAAGACAGCGAUGCCGCCUGGAGAAUCGUCAUUGGCCUCGGAAUCGGCUUCUCGCUCCCUCUUGGUUUCGGUGUACUCUUCACGCCAGAAUCGCCCAGAUGGUUGGCCGGUAAAGGCCGUUGGGAAGAAGCGCGCAUGUCAAUGGCUCGUCUCCGAGGCUUGGCACACGACCCCAACCACGAGUUGGUCAACUCGGACUUCAAGGAGAUGGAGGAUUCCAUCAACGAGCAAAAGAGCGCCGGGCAAGGUACUUGGGUGGAAUGCUUCACUGGCCAGCCAUCCGGUAUCCCGCGUCUUGCAUACCGUACCCUCGUCGGAUGUGCUAUCCAAUUCUUCCAGCAGUGGACUGGUGUCAACUACUUCUUCUACUAUGGCGCGACUAUCUUCCAAUCCGCAGGCAUUGAUGAUCCUCUCCAAGUUCAACUUAUUCUUGGUGCUGUCAACGUGGCCAUGACGAUCCCCGGGUUGUACCUCAUUGAGCGAGUCGGUCGCCGUGUGCCGCUCGUCAUUGGCGGUCUCUGGCAAGCUACUUGGCUGCUCAUCUUUGCCAUCAUCGGUGUUGCGCUCCCACCGCAAGACAACCCCACUGCCGGUAUCGUUAUGAUCGUUGCUGCUUGCAUGUUCAUCGCAAGUUUCGCCGCCACCUGGGGUCCUUUCAUUUGGGUAAUCAUCGGCGAAACUUUCCCGCUCAGGACUCGCGCGAAGCAAGCCUCUUUGGCUACAGCGUUCAACUGGCUCGGCAACUUCCUGAUCGGUUUCCUCACACCUUACGCUGACGACGGCAUCGGAUACGCCUUCGGUUUCGUUUUCUUCGCCUGCAACUUCGUCGCCGCCGGUGUCGUUUACUUCUUCGUCUUCGAGACCAAAUCGUUGUCUCUUGAGAACGUCGAUAUCAUGUACUCAGACCCGAGCCUAUCUGCCAGGACCAGUAAGAAGUGGGUCCCGGCUGGAUACAUCAGCCGUAACGAACGCGACGACUCAUACUGGGAGCGACGCCACAGCGCUGUCGGCGCUACUGGUGCUGUUGGAUCUGAGAAGUAUGGCGACAAAGAUGUCGAUACUUCGCCCGAGAGGGGCAUGUCAGUGCAUCAGGAACACAUUGACGAGGAGCGCCGAGGUUAG